ACUAUACUGCCUGCAGUUGCAACCCGCCAACCGAACCGUUUACACGUAUUCUUAUUUAAAUUUUUUCUUUUUUUUUACCGCGAGUGUUAAACGAAAUCUUUGAAAAUCGAAUUUUCUGAAAUAUCAUCCUCACUGAAAAGAAUACCAGCAAAUCAUCAAAGUAUACAAUGCUCAGAGGUUCAUGACACCGGCGCCGUGAAAAUUAGUACGAAAGAUGUCGCUGUCAAAUAAUUCAUUCGCCAAGAGUUACCAUCGGCUGUUUGUAGAACUAGCUGAUCCCCGGACUAAUGACUGGUUCCUUAUUACAAGCCCAGUGCCAGGAUUGACCAUUAUUUGCCUGUACUUAUGGUUCACAUUGAAAUGGGGCCCUCGUUACAUGGCCGACAAAGAACCUUUCCAGUUGAAGAAAACUCUCAUCGUGUACAAUUUUAUACAGGUUUUAGUCAGCUGCUGGCUGUUCCAUGAGGGUCUUGACUGUGGUUGGCUAAGAACGUACAGCUGGAAAUGUCAGCCAGUAGACUUUUCCAGUUCACCAGAAGCUAUUAGGGUUGCUCGAGGCGUUUAUAUAUACUUCCUAGCGAAGAUAUCCGAACUACUCGAUACGGUUUUCUUCGUCAUCAGAAAAAAGGAACGUCAAAUCACCUUUUUGCAUCUCUACCAUCAUACAGUCAUGCCUAUGAUUUCUUGGGGAGCGACGAAGUACUACCCUGGGGGACAUGGCACCCUCAUUGGUGUUAUCAACUCCUUCGUACACAUCAUCAUGUACACGUAUUACAUGUUGGCAGCGAUGGGUCCGAAGCUCCAUAAAUAUUUGAUAUGGAAGAAGUAUAUUACGACUUUACAAAUGCUCCAGUUUUGCAUUGCUUUCUUGCAUUCUUCUCAGUUACUCUUUUACGACUGCGGUUACCCUAGAUGGUCCGUCGUGUUCACACUUCCUAACUCAAUAUUCUUCUACUACCUUUUCUACGACUUUUAUUACAAAGCAUAUGGCAAACCAGGAAGCAAGAGUAAGAGGAAACUCGAAAACGGCGAUGUUAAAGAAAAUGGCACUAAAGAAGUUUUGGAGAGUAGUAAAAAUGGAUAUAAAGCUACGAAUGGAAUUAAAAAUGGUCAUACAAGCGAAGGAAAGAAAGUUGACUAAAGAGAGUUUAAGGCUUAAUAUAAAAAAGCUUGUUACAAGCAAUUUGUAAAAUAAACAGAAAAAUUUGAAAAUUAUUGUAAAUUUUACGAAAUAUUUUAAAGAACCUGGCAUUACAAAUGACAGCCCUAAGUUUAUGGUACUCGUAAUGUUUUUUUAAGAAUUGCUGUAAAAAUUAAUCUCUCAUUUGGAAAGGGUUCAUCAAGUAGGUAUUUGUAUUAUAAAAUUUAUAAUGGGGUCAAUAAACGUUGUUGCUAAAAGUACUUAUCAUGAAAUUGAUUUCAGCAAUGAAAUUGAAGGUUACCAUUUUGUAGCGGCAGCCACAAGAUUAGACUUUACAUUUAAUUUAUCCUUAACUAGCUUUCCGCCCGCGGCUUCGCCCACGUGUAAUUCGGUUAUAUAUAGCGUUUUUUAAUGAUCUCGACAGGGCUUUUUCUUCCACAGGCUGAAAUCUUGUUACAACUGGAAUUAAACAUAGCCUGUGUUACUCAGGGAUGAUGUAGCUUUCUAAUGGUGAAUGUUUGAAAUCGAUUCAGUAGUUUCGGAGUUUAUCGAUUACAUGUGUAAACAAACAAACAUAUAAAAAAUAGAUUGUUCCUCUUUAUAAUAUAUACAAAUACAAAUCUAUAUAGAAAAAGUAAAGCGAGACAAAAUCAUCGUCUCAAAAGAAAAAAAAAACAGGAUUUAUAGGACGAAGAGGCCUUACAGGAUUUCCUUGUAAACAAUAUUUUUCAUAGAAACAUUCAAACAUGGUAAAUAGGGUAAAAUAGGGAUUUAAAGGCGUGAUGUUAUUAAUGUUAUGCAUGUAUGUACAUAAUUAUGUAUGUUAUUAUGUAUGUUAAAGAGACGACUGAAAGUUGUCAUACAAAGUCUUUUUUUUUAAGGAUGGGAAAUCAUCAAAUGACCUCUCCCGCUCUGGGUGGAACGGAAGGGAGUGUCAGACUUUUACUGACUAAAACCCACCUCCUUCCUUCAGUUGCCCUUUGCGUUCCGGGGCCACGGUAUCUCGUUAGAACUUUCCCGCAGCCCCGGCUCAGUUUAUCCCGUUUCCCCCCCUUGGGGGUUGACAUUUCAAAAAUCCCUUCUUAGUGCUCACUUAUGUUACUAAAGGAACCUCUGUUCAAAAUCUCAGACUCCUAUACCGAGCGGUUUCGGCUGUGCGUUAAUAAAUCAGUCACCCAAUCGCACCCCCUAAAUCACGAUUGGAGGGUAGUUUGAAAAAACUUAUAAUGUCAAACAUAUUUACUUGCCUAUGUACGUGUUCAUGCCAAGUUUCAAGUUUAUAAACCCAAGGAAUAAGAUUUUUCAUAGAAACGUUUUUACCCCUUUUCCCCCCCUUGGGGGUUGAAUUUCCAAAAAUCCUUUCUUAGUGCUCCCCUACAUAUCCCAAGGAACCUACAUUCCAAAUUUCAGCUGUCUACGACCAGUAGUUUCGACUGUGCGUUGUCUGUCAGUCAGUCACUCAGUAACGGAAGAGUUUUAUAUAUAUAGAUGAUGAGAGAGAUUCAAAAUUUGUAUCUAUUAAUAUUACACUAAUAAAGAAUUUAACUACUUCACAAAAAUAUGAUACAGGCCGAUUAAGUCUGGCUAUACUUUUCAAGAUAAUCUUAAUAGUAAAGUUAUUGUUCAAUUCUUUAAAGCUAAUGAAGCUAUCUCAUCAUUGGGAAAUUAUUGUGCCAGUGUAUGCAAAUGUUACCACAGAUGUAAACGUUGUAAAUAAUUAUUGAUUAUUUAAUAAUAAAUGUUUAAAUCAUGCUCAAACACUUAUGGUAAAAAGCAGGGUAUGCCCAAGGUUCUCACGAAGUUUGGAUAGCAUUAACUGCUUGGAAUAAAAACAUGGAAUGGGUACUUUGCUAAAAUACUUAUUAACUUUGUGUAAUUAUCAAAAGAUUUAACUAUUAUUUAUGUUAUGCCCGCCCUUAAAUGAUUACGACCAGGGUUGCCCUUAGUAAAAUUUUCAUUGGAAAAAACGCGAUAAUUUACUAUAAUUAUAGUGAUCGUGUUUAAUAAAUGUUAUCUUUGUUAGAACAUUUAUUUCAAGUGAGAUCGCCAAUGCUUCUUGAUACUCUUAAUUACUCGUAUGAAACAUACGACGAAGACCUUAUUUUGGGCUAUACAUCUAUUUCAGUAGGUCUCAUUCACUUCCGAUAUUAUUCAAUGGUUGGUUACCACAAUUUUGCUUAAAAUUUAAUUAAGCAAAUAUUUGUACAGAUAAUAUAAGUUAGUUUUAAUGGGUUGUAAUCAACGUUGUACUUAUAUUAGAUGUAAUUUAUUCACUUGCCAUUUUUAGGCAAGAGGGUGAUAAGAAUAUUAGGUAGAAGUAAAAUAUUGAAAUAAUUCUUCCAAAGCGAGAUACAGGACUCUCUGCAAUAAAUUAAUUAGAAAUUUCAUGAAUGUGAUUGAUAUUAUAGUUAUUGUUGACAAUCAUAUUAUUAAAAGUUAUAAUUAAGUAUGCUGAUAACGAUUUAACACUUCCCUAUUUUCCUAAACACAGAAUUAAAGAUGAUUGCUAAACGCUUUUUUCAUUAAUAAUUGGACUUUUCCUUUUAAAAACAUGUUAGAAUUUUGUAUGAGUGCAAUUUUAGAAGUUGGGUCAUGAACUUCUAAGGUUGUACUCACACAAAGUUCAAAUAUAUACUGUAGCUUGGCAAAACAAUAUUUUCUUUUAAUUACUGCGUAAUAUUUAAAUUAGGUCCUAUUUUGUCGAAUGUACCUGUUAUCACUGUCAAUUAUUUGUUGUGGUAAUUUCUCGAACUUACUUUGGGACUACCUCAAUGUGUGUGAUUUGUCCCUUUAUAAAUUUGUUUAAUUUAGGACAAUCAGAAAAUAUUCAUAUUUAAAUACUCUAUACUCUGUGGCAAAGAAAGCAAACAAAUCACUCGAUUUUUUUAGUACAGUAGGUGUAAUAUUCAGAAUUACUUCUUCUAAAUAUUGAGUUAUUAGUACACAAAUUAGCGCGGGGUGUUUGUGAUUUUAUGUCAUAGAGUAAACCAAAUCCCUUUUUACUCAACUUGGAAAAAAAGGGGAGUUUUUUUUUUAAAUUCUAUUUUUGAUGUUAACGUGGCAAUUACUAUCAAAGUUGAUUAGAUUUUUAUAAGAUAUUUUUAUUUGGGUUUUCAAAUUGAAAAGGACGCAUCUAUGAAUGUUUUCAAUAUGGGCUAAACCCUUAUUGCUCUGGUGCUAUUCUUCUUUCGUAUGUUAGUAUUCCAUUUUUUAAAGCAGUAGUUUUUAACUAUCUAAGAAGUUCAUUUUUAACUGUACUGAAGCCACUUAAAUUCAGACAAACUCUAUGUCUUUAGCCUCUGACUUUUAAUCAUUCGUUAAAGAAGUCAUACUUCAAGUCAACAACAAAAAAAAAACUAUUAUUAUUGCUAUCAGUCACGAAAAUAAAGAUAAAACAUCUUAUUUACUUUUGAGUAAUAGCAUAAAAGGGAGUUUCGAGGAAAUGUUAAAGUCAAAAUAUUCCGAUAAGGCAAAAACCAGGCUUGGAUAUCAAAAUGACCCAUGGGGCUUUAAACAAAUUGCCAUCGCAUACUUAUGUUUAAACAUCUCUUGGGUUUGACGCAAAGUCCUGAUAGUUUGUGAUAUCUCUAGAAUUACCACAAGAAGUGUAGGACAAAAAAAAAUGGAUUUCUAAUAUUUAUUCAGUACUAAAGCAUGACUAUAAGCAUAACACCGAAUAUUUUCUGAUAGUAUGCACGUAAUAGAUAAAAGAUUGUAUUUAUAACAAUGUGUUCGAAUGUAAAGUUAUUUCAGUACACG